GCUUGGCCUGAGCAAGGAGUGCAGGUUUGGGCCAUAUUGCAGCAAUAGGAGAUGCUACUGUGCCCUCCUUUAUUACGUUCCCACCAUGGCUUCUCCACACCCAGCCCAGGACCCAAGCACCAUCUCUCUGUGUGGGCUGUCCCUGCAGUUACUUACCUGAAGCUCAGGUCAAACAAGGUCAAGGUGUAGUUAUUAUUUUUCUGUGAAUAACUGUAAUCACCAUCUGAUACAAGUCCAAAGUGUGGUUUGUCCCCUCCUCCCUACACCUUACAGCUGUGCAAAAACGGGAACUGGAGCAGAAUGCAGUGGCUGUGUCCGAAGAGGGGCAUCUCGCUGGGACUGUGUGACACCAGUGCUCUGGGAUCUCCAGUGGCUUUCACUCCAGCCUUCCGGAGCUUCCUCAAUCUUCAAAGACUUAUUGAAAAUCAACAUUAACGGUCCAACAAACUCCCCAGCGGCCCCUCAGCCGGCUCUGUACAGAGGACACCUGAGUACCAGUUACAAUCUCGGAGAAGUGUGAAUGCCCAAGCAGGCCAAUCCAGGCAGCCCCUACAGCGAUUGUUGCCACGCUGGCCUUUCUCAAUGUGUGCGCCCUCUCCAUCCUGCUCCUGGCAGCAGCCUUCGUCCUACGCCCGGCUAGGGGGCAAAGACCCCGUCCCGAGAGUGUGUACAUGGAUCCCAGUGAGCUGCACCCAGGACCCAAGAAACGAAGUCCUCUGAACAAAUAUGAGUGGCCAAAAAUAGCCCUUCCUGAGCCGGUCCGUGAGACCCUUACUGAGUUGAACCGCUCCCCAAGGUCCUGCUUUGGGAAAAAGUUCUCUAGCUUCAGUGCCCUGGUGCACAGACCGCUAGAGUGGAAUGGAAAUAUGUAAGCGCGUCUCAAAGAACAACAGUAACUGAGCAGCUCUGCUUCUCUCACCUUUGGAGUAACUUCUCUACAAACUGAAGUUUUGGACAAAGGAUUGAUAGACCCAUCCAAGCUGUGGAUGUAUUCCAGAGGGACUUUACAAGCCAGCAAACUCACCAAUGCUGCUAAGAACUUGAUAUAUGGACUCUGAAGUCAUAUCACUAUGCUCCAGCACAACUGCCUAGAGUUGGUACCUUUGGUCCUGUGCAACCACAUCAACGGAGAGUGAUCUGUUAACACCUUACAAUUCUGGUGAACAGCACAUCAGAAGCAGGAAACCUGCCUAACAAUCAGUGGGGCCACUGGAUGAUCGAGGUGCUAAAGAAGCACUGAAGGAAGACAAGGCCAUUGCAGAGAAGCUAACACGAUUCUUUGCAUUAGUUUUCACUGCAGAGGAUGUGAGGGAGAUUCCCACACUUGAGCCAUUCUUUUUAGGUGACAAAUCUAAGGAACUGUCCCAGAUUCAGGUGUCAAUAGAGGAGGUUUUGGAACUUGUUGCCAGGAUAUGUUGUGAAGACCAAAAGUAUAACUGGGUUCAAAAAAGAAUUAGAGAAGACACUUUGAAUGGUUUAUGAGAAGAAAGCAAGAUGGAUGGAAGUCAGUCCAGCACUGAGUCUCCCACAGCUCCCAAGAAGAUCUCUCUGCUUUCCUCUCCCAUGCGGGCAGUCAUCCGUCUGCGACGAAAAGUCCAGUUCCUGAAGAAAAACCGCCUGCAUCUGAACCUUCCCAGAGAACAAUCUCCAGAGCUGGUCCAAACUAGGCUUCUUCAAAGGCAGAUUUCCUUGACCCAAACGAACCUUUAUAACCCUUCGAUGUCCCUCUUUAAUCAAGCCACCUUUGCCAAUUCUCAAUACUUCACCUUUGACACUUCUGUGGACCAGUCAGCUCUGAAUAAAUACAAACGGAAGAAGAGCCGCAGGAAGUCCAGGGUGGUGUUGUAUCCAGAAAGCUCCAAAAAGUACCUUCCAGCAGAGCAAAAGAGUAAAGCAAAGCGCUGCCUUCUCUUGCUCAUUGGCAUCAUCUGCUUCCAAAUACUAAAUGCUAUUGAGAAUCUGGAUGACAACCUUCAGAAGUAUGACCUAGAUGGGCUGGAGAAAACCAUGCACCGGGAAGUAUUUGGGCAGAAGGUGGCCGUGGACAGGAUUAUGGAAUUGUUGAACGAAUACCUGGCCACCCACAUACACAACAAGCCAUUAGUGAUCUCCUUCAAUGGCCCACCUGGGGUUGGAAAGAGCCAUGUUGGAUGGCUGCUGGCUAAACACUUCCGUUCAGUCAUGGACAAUGACUUUGUGCUUCAGUACUUUGUGAUGCACCACUGUCCAAACAAGGAGGCUACUCCUGCUUGCCAAUUGGAUUUGUCUGAGAAGAUUUCUGAGAUGGUCACCAGAGCAGAAAUAGAAGAGAAGAUACCAUUGUUUAUUCUGGAUGAGGUUGAGCUCAUGUCUCCAGUUCUGUUGGAUACACUCAGCAGAUUCUUCCAACCAAACCAAACCAACGAGUUCCUCAAUGCCAUCUACAUUCUAAUAAGCAACAUAGGGGGCAAUGAAAUCACGACGUUUGUCCUCCAGAAUGUUUCCACUGACCUUCUGCACCAGCAAAGAAAAAGAGAAGAACUGCUGUAUGUUAUCCAGCCUAUUCUGAUCCACUUCCACCCUCUUUGGAAGUCUGCUGACAUCAUCCCAUUUGGUCUGUUGGAGAAGAGUCAUGUCAUAAACUGCUUCUUGGAGGAGAUGAUGCGGGAAGGGCUAUAUCCCGAUCAGAGCCAUAUUGAGAAUUUAGCUAGCCAGCUCAGCUAUUACACUACAGCAGGCAGGGAGUACGCCAUAACUGGCUGCAAGCAGGUCGGAGCCAAAGUCAAUCUACUGUAGCAGCAACCAUAAAUAAGAGGCCGAAUCCUGUUCUCAGCACUUUGCACUCAGUGGAGAUAGCCUGGCUGAACACUGGCAUGACUGACAGCAGAUUUUGGCCCAAGAUGCAUUUCCUCAAGAGGACAGAUAUGAAGCUAUCCCAGUGACCACCUUAUAAGAGGGUUCCAGGAGGCAGAACAGCAGCUGUCACUGCUUCAAAGAUGAGCUCUGUUCUCCUAUUGAUUUAUCGGACUUGAGUCACUGAACUCCCACUGUCCUGCAAAUAAUCCCCUGUUGACUAAGGCCAGGAUAUCUCUCUGAGGCCGGGUCUGAGCCCAGGCACAAGCCAAACCCCCUUGUGUCCACACUGCAAAUGUGCUAGCCUAGGGCUCCAGACCCAAGGUCCUAGGACCCUGCAGGGCUGGAGGAUCCGAGCCCUAUUGCUUUCUUGUGUGCACGCGACCCCGACUUGAGUUAGGUCUGGAAGUCCUCUGGAUGUAUCCCAGAGUUCCCGGCGGCAGAGGAGCAGCGCUGCAAGCAGCCAGUGCAGCAGCUGGAAGCACUAUUACUGCCUGGCAGAGCGCGCUCCCUGUUCCUGCUCCUCUCACAGUAGCUGCUCCGGCUCCUCCUCACUACUGCGCGGAGUUUGCCCGGAGCAGGGAGCAAAGCUGGCAGGUGGGAGGUGGCUCCCGGGGGUCAUCCCUCUGCUGGCCGGGCUGAGCCAGAAGCUCUGCCGCUCGCCCUCUGUGCAGGGCGGAGCUUGGUUCUUCUCUGCUCUCUGUGCCCUGCUCCUGGGCCCACCCUGCCCUCCCUGGGGCUGCAUGUGCAGGGGCACCCGGGCAGUGUGCACUGUCAGGGUGGUGAGUAGGAGCCAGCCCCCAAAACUUCCCCACAGCCUCCUGGGAAUCCCUUAUCCCUGCCUCCCGGGGUGCGGCAGGAGCUAUGCUUCACCCCAAGCCUCGGCCAUGCACUUCACCGCUCUGCAGCCAGCAGCAGCCAGGCUGGGUGUGUGUGUGUGUGGGCAGUGAAGGAGUGUUUUUCCUCUGAUACCUUCAUUUUAGCUCAAACUUCUGUGCCCUGCAGUGUGGAUGCCAGUGCCCUAGGUUUGAGCACGGGUCAGAAAAUCCUUAACCUGGGGUUAAAAUGCAAUGUAGACACUCAAGCCCAGGGUUCCCUGACACAGGUCAGCUGACUCGAGGCCCACUAACCCAAGGCUUACAUUGUUGUGUAGACAGCCUCCAGUCAUAUUGUAACCUCUUUGGUGUCCCUCCUACACACGUGCCCAGGAGUUUAUUCAUCGGUGAUGUGUCAACAAGUCUAGGAGAUGAGAAUAAAUCCCCCAGUAUAUGUACACGGCAGGAGCGAUUUAAUGUCGGGGAGAUGGGGAGACCUUUGGGGUGACAGUCUCAUCAGCACACUUAGCUGGGUCUCACUUGUCUUCAAACUCAGAAUCUGCAAUCUCUUUGCCUUUCCGGGGUCUGGCUGGACCUGGGAUAAAGGCUAACUGGCUUAAGAUCAGUCUAGCCAAGCUAGAGAUGAUGCUGGCAUGUAGGGGAAACAUUUGGAAUAGCUGAUGCAGACUGUGACUGUUACCCACUGAUCUUUGGUGUCAGAAUUAUGCAUUCUUGGGUUCUUUUUCUCCCCUGCUGCUCUUGGAUUCCCCAGCAACAGCAGUCUCCUGGAAUAUGUGCUACCAUCUCUGGUUGCCUUAAAAGUUGUAGCCCUUUAUACCUGAUGCAGACUGUGCCUAUGUCACUUCCAGGCUGUAUUCCUGCAACACACUUUUCUUGGGACUACCCUUGAAGACUACUUGGAAGCAUCAGCUAGUGGAGAAUGCAGCUGCCUGCUUGUUAAGGUCUUCCUCAUGUGGCCUUUGGUAUAAACUCUGCUGCUUGUUUGUUUCUGCGUACAAUUCACAGCACUGAUUAUCUAGAGAGCCCGUAAAUGGGAAUUCACAGAUGCAAGGUAAUGCGCAUUUUGAACUGUUGAUGCACAUUGCUGGGUUCAAAAACUACUCCAGAACAAGUGUUGGGCAUCAUGUGAACAGCUCUGUGAAACCUGUCCUCACUGUGCAGCAGCCGUCAAAAACAAAAAUAUUAAAUUGCAGGAGGCAUAGGAGAGGAAACAGCAAUGAAAAGUAUUAUAAUGCCAUUGUUCUGGAGUGACAGUACCUCUCUACUGUUAACGGUUGCCACCAGCAGCCCUGUUUUAGUCCUGCUGUAACCCUAGGUUGGAAAUCUGAUACAAGCAAAGUUUGAAGGAAAUGUAUACACUUGCCUUGGAGUUCCAGGUCUUUAUAAUAUUCCCCCGAUUGGAAAUAUUGUCUGUUGUCUAACCUUUCUGCAUCUCCGUCUAGCUCAAAAUCAGUUUGUUGCCUUCACACUUCCUGUACAGUUAACUCUCCUUGAACAUUUCUGUGCUGUGGAAGAAUUGAUGAAAAUAGCAUGUAAUUAAGCAAAGGUGUUGGUGAUAUUUUUUGUAUAGGCCCAAUCCUGUUUGCAUUGAUUUCAUUAGAAUUAUGUGAAUAAUGGAUUUUUUUUUACUGGGCAUUCUGAAAUAUAAAUCAAAAUUUGGUUUGGAGCUGUUUUUUUUUUUUAAUUUUUUUUAAUAUUCUAAAAAUAAAAUGGAAGUCAAUUUCAAAAAGAAAAGUCCUUUUGAAUCAAAUCCCCCAAAUAUUUCAUUUGGAAAAUGUCGAAACAAUGUUUUGAUUUUUCUUUUGGAGAAGGGCAUCAACUGAAACAAAAUGCAUCUAUUUUCUGCAUCUAUCAGAAAAAAAAAAGGUUUCAGACCAAAAAUCUUUCCCAGCUGUACAUUUUAAUGGAAGUUCUGGGUCCGAUCCUGUCCCUUUGAUUUCAACAAGAGGGAUUUUUUCUCCUUGACACCAGUGAAUGAGCAUGAGGCAUGGUGUGUGUCUGUUGUCCGGAAGCUGAACUGAAGAGGCUGGCUCUACCUAAGUGCCGAACGCGAGUGCUUCUUUUAGCUCAAGUGUUGGGGUUCAUGAGGAGCUUGUCUCCUCUCCGUGGUGAAAGACGCAGCCCAACCACCACUCACUCACUGGCACUCAAAAAUCAUUCUGCAAGGUUUUGAAUUUUUAGGGCUCACUCUCCGGCAGCUGUUCUGAAAAUCUGGAGCAAGCACAGUGGGAACUUUCUGAGAUCCAGCCGUAAUAAUGACUCCCUUUCAAGAAAAAAAGCCGGGGUUUGUGUCUGUCUCCAUCAGCCCUGACAUGACAACAGGCUAUUGCUGCCUGUAGGAGGCACCCCCAACACAUUGCUCUCUCUGCCACCUCGCUCCAUGUCUGUUUUGCCCCAUGGCUUCCCCCUGCUGCCUCCUGAUGCUCCCCCAGAGCUCACCCCUCCUGCCCACUACUAUACCCCUAUUGGCUCAUGCCCCUCCCCCCAGCCCCUCCCCCCAGCUGCUUCAGCCUUCCCUCCACUGGUACCCGGCCCCCUUCCCUGCUCCCGCUACCCAACUCCACUGUGUCACUCCUUGAUAGAUCUGCCUGCUACAUUUGCCACCUCAGUGCCUGGCCCUUGCUACCCUUGCAGUGCUUGGACUGCUGCCCCGAUCCCACACAGCACUCUCAGCCACACUGCGACCUUCUCAUAUUUCCUGGUCCUUCCCCGCCCUCCGCCCAUCUCCACUGCUGCCCCUGACAGCCCCAAACCCCAUUACUGCUCCCUCUGAUUCCCUCACCUGCCAUUGCUUCUCCUCCACUGAUAUCCCUGCUGCCUCAGUUUCCCCACUGCUCUGCUCCAGCCACCAUUGCCACCCCAGCCUGUGGCCUCGGCACCCCCGCAGCUGGCAUUCUUACCGUUACACACUCCAUUGGGACAACUCCACUCCCUGACCGCUCUUCUCUGUCUCCUCCACCUACAUCUAGCACACCACCCCAUCAUCCUUCCUGCUGCUGUAACCCUGGACCCUCUUCUCCUCUGGGCUCUGAGACGUAGCUGUCCAGCCAGGCCUGCAUGCAGAAUGCAGUGCAGCCAAGGUUCACAUUGUAGAUGGAGCGUCAUUUGGUGUUUUUAAUUUGAAUCAUGGAUUUCUUUGUCUUUGUGCAGUUAAGCCCAGAUCCUGGGUUUUUCAGUGUGAAUGCCCUGACCAGUAUACAAUUUGUCUCUUCCCUGCCUCACUUUCCUAUUAGGUGUUUAGAGGGAGAGCAUGAGUGGCUGGAGCACUGUGAAUCAGGCAACCUCUGUUCUCGUUUAGGUUCUACACAGGGGAAGGCAAACUACAGCCUACAGGCUGUAUCCAGCCUGUCAGACAUUUUAAUCCAGCCCUCGAGCUCCUGCCGGGGAGCAGGGUCGGGGGCUUGCCCUACUCCAUGUUUGCCAUGCCUCUGCAUGGCUCCCAGAAGCAGUGGCAUGCCCCUGCUCUGGCUCCUAUGCGUAGGGGCAGCCAGGGAGCUCUGCACACUCCUCUGCCCCAAUAACUGCCCCUGCAGCUCCCUUUGCCUGGGAGCUGCAGGGGCGAUGCCUGGAGACGGGGCAGCAUGCAGAACUGCCUGGUCACGCCUCCAAGUCGGAGCCGGAGGCGGGACAUGCCGCUGCUUCCAGGAGCUGCUUGAGGUAAGCGCCUCCCAGAGCCUGCAACCUGACCCCCUCCUGCGCCCCAAUCCUCUGCCCUAACACUGAUCCCCCUCCCACCCUCCAAACCCCUCGGUCCCAGCUCAGGGCACCCUCCUGCCCCUCAACCCCACAUGCCUCCCCCCCCUCCCCAGCUGGAGCCCCCACCUCCUCCCGUAUCCCAACCCCCAAUUUCGUGAGCAUUCAUGGUCCACCAUACAAUUUCCACACCCAGAUGUGGCCCUCAGGCCAAAAAGUUUGCCCACCCCUGUUCUACCAUGAACUCGUUGUGUGACCUUGAGUAAGUCACUGCCUGUCUCGGAGCCUCGGCUUCUCUUCUGUAAAAUGGGGAUAAUGGUACAGACGCAGCUCGAGGCAUUCAUGUUUGUAAAUCACAUUGUGGUUCCCAGAUGGAAGGCUCUAUAGGAGGGCAGAGCCUUUAGUCACCACGAGUAAAGUACUACAGGAGAGCCUCAGAGUUACAAACACCAGAGUUACGAACGGAAUGGUCGGCCGCACACCUCAUUUGCAACAAGGCCCUGGUCUACACUAGGACUUUAGGUCGAAUUUAGCAGCGUUAAAUUGAUGUAAACCUGCACCCGUCCACACAAUGAAGCCCUUUAUUUCGACUUAAAGGGCUCUUAAAAUCGAUUUCCUUACUCCACCCCUGACAAGUGGAUUAGCGCUUAAAUCGACGUUGCCGGCUCGAAUUUGGGGUACUGUGGACACAAUUCGAUGGUAUUGGCCCCCGGGAGCUAUCCCAGAGUGCUCCAUUAUGACCGCUCUGGACAGCACUCUCAACUCAGAUGCACUGGCCAGGUAGACAGGAAAAGAACCGCGAACUUUUGAAUCUCAUUUCCUGUUUGGCCAGCGUGGCAAGCUGCAGGUGACCAUGCAGAGCUCAUCAGCACAGGUGACCAUGAUGGAGUCCCAGAAUCGCAAAAGAGCUCCAGCAUGGACCGAACGGGAGGUACGGGAUCUGAUCGCUGUUUGGGGAGAGGAAUCCGUGCUAUCAGAACUCCGUUCCAGUUUUCGAAAUGCCAAAACCUUUGUGAAAAUCUCCCAGGGCAUGAAGGACAGAGGCCAUAACAGGGACCCGAAGCAGUGCCGCGUGAAACUGAAGGAGCUGAGGCAAGCCUACCAGAAAACCAGAGAGGCGAACAGCCGCUCUGGGUCAGAGCCCCAAACAUGCCGCUUCUAUGAUGAGCUGCAUGCCAUUUUAGGGGGUUCAGCCACCACUACCCCUGCCGUGUUGUUUGACUCCUUCAAUGGAGAUGGAGGCAAUAUGGAAGCAGGUUUUGGGGACGAAGAAGAUGAUGAUGAGGAGGAGGUUGUAGAUAGCUCACAGCAAGCAAGCGGAGAAACCGGUUUUCCCGACAGCCAGGAACUGUUUCUCACCCUAGACCUGGAGCCAGUACCCCCCGAACUCACCCAAGGCUGCCUCCUGGACCCAGCAGGUGGAGAAGGGACCUCUGCUGCAUGUGUUUCAAUGAUCACAGGAUCUUCUCCUUCCCAGAGGCUAGUGAAGCUUAGAAAGAAAAAAAAAACGCACUCGCGAUGAAAUGUUCUCCGAGCUCAUGCUGUCCUCCCACACUGACAGAGCACAGACGAAUGCGUGGAGGCAAAUAAUGUCAGAGUGCAGGAAAGCACAAAAUGACCGGGAGGAGAGGUGGCGGGCUGAAGAGAGUAAGUGGCGGGCUGAAGACAGGGCUGAAGCUCAAAUGUGGCAGCAGCGUGAUGAGAGGAGGCAGGAUUCAAUGCUGAGGCUGCUGCAGGACCAAACCAGUAUGCUCCAGUGUAUGGUUGAGCUGCAGCAAAGGCAGCUCGAGCACAGACUGCCACUGCUGCCCCUCUGUAACCAACCGCCCUCCUCCCCAAGUUCCAUAGCCUCCACACCCAGGCGCCCAAGAACGCGGUGGGGGGGCCUCCGGCCAACCAGCCACUCCACCACAGAGGAUUGCCCAAAAAAAAGAAGGCUGUCAUUCAAUAAAUUUUAAAGUUGUAAACUUUUAAAGUGCUGUGCUUAAAGUGCUGUGUGGCAUUUUCCUUCCCUCCUCCACCACCCCUCCUGGGCUACCUUGGUAGUCAUCCCCCUAUUUGUGUGAUGAAUGAAUAAAGAAUG